CUUGAUAUUUGCAUUUUAAGGAUAUGAAUAUUGAAGAUUACGAGAGUUUGCCCACUACAUCGGUGGGUGUUAAUAUGACGGCCGGUGCUUUUGCUGGAAUCAUGGAACACUGUAUAAUGUAUCCAGUUGACAGUGUCAAGACAAGAAUGCAGUCACUGAUACCAGGCCCAGGUGGGGGAGGAGGAGUAGGAAAUGUACUCCUUCGAAUGAUGCGUCAGGAGGGUUUGUUAAGGCCAUUUCGAGGCAUGGGAGCAAUGGUUGCAGGAGCUGGACCAGCACAUGCUUUAUAUUUUUCUUGCUAUGAAUUUUUGAAAGAUAAAUUUAUGAGCUCAAAGCCACACUCACAAUUUAAUCAUUUGGUCUAUGGUGCAGCUGGCUGUGUGUCAACAAUUCUUCAUGAUGGUGUUAUGAAUCCAGCAGAAGUGAUUAAACAACGGUUGCAAAUGUAUAAUUCUCCUUAUAGAAAUGUUAUCAGCUGCAUAAAACUUAUAUAUAAACGAGAAGGUGUAUAUGCGUUCUACAGAAGUUACACAACUCAGCUUGCUAUGAAUGUGCCUUUCCAAAGCAUUCAUUUUAUUGCUUACGAAUUUGUACAAUCUAUGACAAAUCCAGAUCAUUCUUAUAGUCCGCAAGCACAUAUGAUUUCUGGUGCUUUGGCUGGAGCCAUAGCAGCUGGAUUGACGACACCAUUGGAUGUCUGUAAAACGUUAUUGAAUACACAACAGGAUGGUAUAAAAGCAAGAGGUAUGAUCGAUGCUGUUAAAAAAGUUUAUAGGUUGGGAGGUGUACGAGGAUUUUAUCGUGGGAUGAAUGCGCGUGUUCUUUAUCAAAUGCCAGCCACUGCUAUCUGUUGGACGUCAUACGAAUUUUUUAAGUAUAUAUUACGAAGCAAACAAGAAGAUGGACUUAGCAAAGAUAUAGAUGAAAAUUCUUUAAGUGGUAUAAAUCAAAAUCAACUUCCUACCUCCAGAAGUAGUACUUUCCAAGGAACAGGAUUAUACUUUCAAAAUAAUGCUCAUACAGGUGUAUUAAUAAAAGCAAGAAGUUAGCAUAAAUGUUAGACUAUCGAGAAGCACAUACUCCACUUGAAUAGUUAAUUAAAGCAUACAUAUAAUGUAUAUGUAAGAUUGCAGCCUAUAUUGAAACAGUAAUAUAUAUAAACUUCAAUUUUAAGAAGAAAAGAAUGGAAUGCAUGCAAGGAAAUCAUGAAAAUACAUUGAUGCGUAUAAUGUUCAAAAUUUGGCAUAGAUAAGUAAAGUUAAGACGAUGUAACUUUACAUUACAAGUCUAGAGUUACAAGAAAGGUUUUCUUUUUUGGUAAAGGUAUUGUAAGAUAAUAUAAUACUUAAUUUUUAACCAGUGAUUAAAAAGAUUUUUUAAAGAGCAAAGCUGAUUGUAGUAAAAUUUGUAUUAGAAUGAACAUUUGACGGUCACAAUUAAAAGAUCUUGCAUUCAAAUUGUCAAUAAAACGCUUUGCUACAUGAAAAUAUAGACCAAGUAGGAACGUUGUAAAUUGGUUAUUUUAUAGGCGAGUGUAGAUAAGAUAACAUUAAGUGUGUACAGCAUAAAAGGACAGUAUAGGAGCAGCGGAAUUGUUAGUUGUAUAGCAUUAUAUAUGUUUCGUCUUGAUUAUCCAAGUACAAAUUAUAUGAAAUGCUCCUUAGUCAGUUGUAAUAUAAAUCAAACAGUAUAUGCAUAUAAAUCCUGAAAUAUACCGCAAUAUUGCUUCCUAUGGCUGUGAUUACUGGGUCAUUUGAUGUUGACUUUGAGAGGGAGUAAUAUCACGUGGAAACUCAUAUUUCACGCCAUAUGUAUCUAUUAAUAUAGAGCACAGUACUAUUAUGCAUUGUUAUUGACCAGGUCAUUUGAUGUUGUCAAGAAAAUAUUGUCAAGUAGAGAGAAAUGAAAAUACCAUCUAGCAAUGCCGUGAUACAAAUAGAGCGCAGUAAAAAAUAUAGCAGUAUUUUUUUGUUGAUGCAUAUUUAUAGAAUAACAAGUUCUUAUUGUUUAUAUUUCAAAGUAAAAUUCAUACUUUACGUGACUGGGUUUGUAACGAGGCUCCGUUAGAAGGUAUAUAUACAUUCUCUGUUCAUUAGUAGUCAAAGUCAGUUAAAAGCAAGCUUUUAUAUCAUAUCAUUUUUUUUUUGUAUUUCUUUAAGUGUUACUUAAGGAUUUUAUUUUACAGAAUAUCAUACAUGAAAAGAAAACUUGAUUUUUAAAAUUUAUUUUGUACGUGUAUCUAACAUUAUUUGAGUGAUGCGUAUGUCAUGCACAUACGUGUAUAUGUGUGUAUAUACAUGAAAUAAAAUAUUUGAGCGAAUAAUGUAAGUAACUCUAGUGAUAUUCAAAGUAUAUUUUAUAGAUCUAUCAAGAUCAAUCAAAUCCAGUAUAACAUCGAGUAAACUCUUUUGAUACGUUGUUUGUAUCAUUUAUCUUUAUGACUUAUAACUAUUAACUGUACGUACGAAUUUUGAUCAGUAGCAAUUAAAUUGCUUGUGAAUAUUUUAUAGAUUAAAUUUAGGAUUUUCAAUUUGGCAUUUCUGAAGUUGAAUCUUUAUAAUUAAAACUGUACAUAAAGUAUAUACCGCCAUUGGCUUUAAUAAUUAAUAUGAAAGAAAAAAAAUGUUAAUUUACAAGUACACAAUUUGAUUAAUAUACAACAACAAAAUAUCAAUUCUCUAACAGUGUAAAUAUAUAAUUCUACAAAGUAUACAUUUGUAUUAUAUAAA